AUGAAGACAAGAACAAUAAAAAAAAUUCAAAACUCAUUCACACAUUCACCACUCACCAAUUUGAUUAUUUUGGCUUCUUCUCAAGAACAAGAAACACAAGGAUCAUCUACAUCAGUAGACCAACCUCCAUUGUGGGACUUUGUGACUAAACUCGAUAAACUUGCUGGAGCAGGAGGAUGUUGGAAGUUCAAGUGUAACCUUUGCAGUGAAACCCGACAAGGAUCAUAUUCUAGAGUUAGAGCAUAUUUUCUUGGCAUAACAGGUACCGAGAUUUCUAUUUGCAAGAAAGCAACAACAGCUGACAAACUUAACAUGACACGAUUAAAAGAUGCGUAUGAAAAGAAGAAAAUUGAGUCACUAGCGAAAGAAGUCCAGUUUCCAUGUGAAGUUGGUGUUGGAUUUAAGAAAAGAAAAGGUAUUUCAACACCUAUUGAAAGAGCUUUUGGUAAUGAAAUUAGGGACCAACUGGAUCGAGAAAUAGCUAGAAUGUUUUAUACCGGAGGUUUACCUUUUAAUCUUGCAAGAAAUCCACACUACAUCAGGGCUUUUCAGUUUGCUGCUAACAACAAAACUGAUGGUUAUGUACCUCCUGGUUAUAAUAAGGCAAGAACAACAUUACUACAAAAAGAAAAAGAUAAUGUUCACAAGCUAUUAGAGGCACUUAGGUCUACAUGGAAAGAAAAAGGUGUGACUAUUGUGAGUGAUGGCUGGAGCGAUCCUAUAAGAAAACCUCUAAUCAACUUCAUGGCUACCUCAGGUAACGGUCCUUUGUUUCUAAAGGCAGUGAAUUGUUUUGGGGAAGUGAAAGAUAGAUUUUUUAUUGCUGAAUUGAUGAAGGAAGUCAUCAAUGAAAUUGGUCAUGAAAAUGUUGUGUUGCUUUCUGUUGCUGACACUCACUUUGUCUCCAUCAUUGUGAUGCUUAAGAGAUUGAAACUUAUCAAAAGGGGACUUCAAGCUAUGUUCAUAAGCGAAGAAUGGUCUUCUUAUAGAUUAGAUGACACUGAGAAAGAAAACUCUAUGAAAGAAUAUAUUUUGAAUGAUGAUUGGCGGGACAAAGUAGCAUAUAUCCUUAGUUUCACUGGACUUAUAUAUGAGAUGAUUAGAGCUUGUGACACUGACAAACCAUGUUUACACUUGGUGUAUGAGAUGUGGGAUUCUAUGAUUGAGAAAGUGAAGAUUGAGAACUACAAGAAAGAAAAACGUCUGAAAUCUCAAAUAAGAUGCUUUUAUGACGUUGUGCAUCAUAUUUUAGUGGCUCGAUGGGCGAAGAAUAACACUCCUCUACAUUGUUUAGCUCACUCUUUACAUCUAAGAUAUUAUAAUGAUGCAUGGUUAAUGGAGGAUUCUAAAAGAUGUGCUCCACAUAGGGAUGGGGAAAUUUCAUAA